AUGGAGGAAUCACAAAAUAAACCAGUUGAAAAAUAUGACGUCUUAUCCCAAAACAUUGAUAAUAACGUUAAUAAGAAAUGUAAUGAACACACUUUGAACUUUUCUAACGAAGGCGAUCAAAAUUUAGAAGUCGUUGUUAGUGAAAUACCAACUUCAGGAGGAAAACCAGAACAGUUAAAGCCUACUGGACGAAAAGAAUAUACGUUGGUAUAUAAUAUAGCACCAGGAAUUCUCCAAAAGUUUCCGGGGCUUAAUCAAGGAGAAGAGCAAGACACGAGUGCACCCUUUAUUUAUGAGCCUGGUGGUCGCAAUGCUUUUGUGAAGUUCGUCCUCAGCCUUGUUCUACUGAUGCUUCUUGUGACUGCAGCAUUUCUGGCAGUAGUCCUCUUGAUACCAGAUGUAAAAGAAUUUUUCAGUGUAUAUGGAUGGGUAUUAAUGAUACCAGCAUUAAUUAUCCUGUUAGGUGUAAACUAUGCAAUGGUAUGCAGUAUGUGUGCUAGACAACCUCCAUGCAAUUACGUGUGCCUGGUGAUAACGGUAAUAGGCAUGAGUAUAAUUGCUGCUAAAGUUACUUCACACUAUAGUACGGAAAUCGUUUUGUAUGCUGUUAUUACGACCACGGUCGUUGUACUCGUAUGCUUUUUUCUAGCAUUUUCCAGGUUUGAUUUUACUAGUUGGAUGUUAUACGUGGUUGUUAUUGCUACAGCGUUCUCUGUUUUAUCAAUGAUUGUUUUAAUGACUAUGCUUUUUACUGGAACAGUUAUGAAACCAGUAAUAAUAAUAAUUUUAGUCAUCGGCACUCUAAUAGAAGUAAUUACGCUGACAAUAGAACUGCAAACCGUAAUUGGAGGCAAAUCAGUACAACUAUCUGAAGAUGAUUACGCUCUUGGAGCCUAUAUGAUUUACACAUCAAUCAUUACCAUUUUUCUAAAAUUAGUACAACUUAUCGGUUUAAUAGAAGAUAUGUGA